ACCGCCUGCCUGUGUGCAUAAUAGUGAGGAGCAGAAUAAGUGCAGGGAGUCAACCUGCUGGAGCUGCAGCUUGCUCAGUGAGCUUUGGAGAUAACGUGGUCCUUCUGCAAACCUUCACCAUGGUCGAUGCCUUCUGUGCCACCUGGAAGCUGGUUGACAGCGAGAACUUUGAUGAGUACAUGAAAGCACUUGGUGUGGGAUUUGCCACCAGGCAGGUUGGGAACGUGACCAAACCGACCGUGAUCAUCAGCCAGGAGGGGGACAAGGUGGUGAUCCGCACCCAGAGCACCUUCAAAAACACGGAGAUCGCUUUUAAACUGGGAGAGGAGUUUGACGAGGCCACUGCUGAUGACAGGAACUGCAAAUCCACGGUGACCCUGGAGGAGGACAAGCUGGUCCAUGUCCAGAAGUGGGACGGCAAAGAGACGAAGUUUGUCAGAGAGAUCAAGGAUGGCAAGCUGAUCAUGAAUCUGACCUUUGAAGACAUCCAUGCGGUGCGUACCUAUGAGAAGGCAUGAGGUCUCCGACAGCAGCCCAACCGGCCGAUCCGUGUUGGUUUCCAAUUCUUGUGGACCGUUUGCUUCUCUUUGCACUUCAUCCUCUUCCACAUGUACAAGGCCUGCAAGCUGCACAUGUUUUUAAGAUGUUUUUUAUAUGAAUACAUUUCUGUCAUCCUUUGCAAACCUGUGAAAAACAUGAAAUAAAAUAAUGGAACUA